AUGACUCCUUCCACCUCUGCACACUCCAAAGAGGGAGAAGGAGAGUCCUAUGAAGCUGGGUCUGAGAGUGCAGAGGCUGCGUGUAGCGGGUCUGCGUCAGGAGAGCCUUCGGUGAGUGAGGAAGGUACAAAUGAAAGUGGCUCAUCUAAGCCCACAGAUACCCUGGCUCCAAAUUAUGAUUGUUCCUCGAACUCAAUUCAAAGCAAGAGCAGUACUGUCAUUGUUGUUGUUGCUGCAACUGCUGCUAUACCACCACCACAAUCUGCUGCUGCGCCCGCUACUUCUGCGAGUGCUACAACUUCAUCUGUUCCACCACCACCAGCGCAGUCUGGGGUUGAUCUAUUGACAUUCUCUAGAGCGAAUUACCGAGAAAUAGCCUUCAAAACAUUAAAGGCUGAAAAGCAAAUCGGGGCGCAAAAGCGAGUAGAGGAACCUGUUCUGGCACCACAAGCCAACUUGGAUAUUGAGAUCUCUGUUAAGAACCUGCCCAACUCAGAGGAGGAAAAAGAAGAGUUAGAGAAGACCCGAGCAAAAUGGCCGCUAGAUGUCGUAGAUCAGGUAGUUAAGAAUUUGGGGGAGUGA